AUGACCAACCCCUCCAAUGCCACCGGUGAAUCGCGACUAUACCGCGAUCCGUCGCGGGCAGUCAGCGAACGAGUCGAAGAUCUUUUGGCCCGCAUGACGCUAGUGGACAAAGUUGGACAGAUGUUUCAUAACAUGCUCCUCAUGGGCCCUGAUGGCACGCUUGCGGGCGCGUCCGAGGUUUUCAACAUUGAGAGCACGGAGCGGCUGGUCCUGGAGCGUAAAAUGAGCCACUUUAACCUCCUGGGCCCCGUGGUCAAUCCUCGAGAAACUGCGGAGUGGCAUAAUCGCCUGCAGCAGCUGGCGUUGUCCACCGAUCUGGGGAUCCCCAUCACACUCUCAUCCGACCCGCGCAAUCAUUUUACAUCUAACGUUGGGACGGCCUUCGAGGCGGGUGCGCUGUCUCAGUGGCCCGAGUCUCUGGGAUUGGCUGCGCUUCGCUCAACUUCUCUGAUCCGUCGGUUUGCCGACAUCGCACGACAAGAGUACCUGGCGCUUGGCUUCCGAUGUGCUCUUCAUCCCCAGGUCGACUUGGCCACUGAGCCCCGAUGGUCCCGAAUCAGCGCGACUUUUGGGGAGGAUGCCAAUCUGAGCAGCGAGCUGGUUGCAGCAUAUAUCGAGGGCUUUCAAGGUGCUCAACUGGGGCCGCAGUCGGUGGCCACGAUGACCAAACACUUCCCAGGUGGAGGAGCGCAGAAGGAUGGCGAAGAUCCCCAUUUCGCAUAUGGACGUGAGCAGGUCUAUCCCGGAGGUAAUCUGGAAUAUCAUAUGCGUCCAUUCAAAGCCGCCAUCGCCGCAGGAACUGCGCAGAUGAUGCCUUACUACGGCAUGCCGGUGGGCACCGACUUUGAAGAGGUCGGUUUUGCCUUCAAUCGUGGCGUCAUCACUGGGCUGCUGCGCGAGAAGCUUGGGUUCCAAGGUGUCAUCUGCACCGAUUGGGGUCUUGUUACCGACUCCGUCAUCAUGGGCCAGCCGAUGCCUGCCCGUGCUUGGGGCUGUGAGCACUUGAGCGAAAUAGAACGAGUCAAGAAGCUCCUGGAUGCAGGUUGCGACCAGAUUGGCGGGGAGUCUUGCACUCAGCUCCUGCAGCGCUUGGUCGAGGAGGGCGAUGUUCCGGAGAGUCGCAUCGACGAAUCGGUCCGGCGGAUUUUACGACAGAAAUUUGAGCUCGGCCUUUUUGAUCGACCAUUUGUGAACGUGGAGGAGGCCAAAAAUCUCGUGGGCAACCAAAAGUUCCGGCGCGAAGGUCAUGAGGCGCAAUGCAGCGCCCAUACUCUGCUCACUAAUCACCACGAUCUCCUUCCCCUCCGUGCUUCUGAAAAGUACAAGGUCUUCCUGGAAGGGAUAAAUCAUGCGGUCGCGUCUGCGAGGGGACUAGAAGUGGUAGACUCUGUCGCCCAAGCUGAUCUGGCUAUACUUCGGCUUAAAGCGCCGUACGAACCGCGGCCAGGCGCUUUUGAAGCUAUGUUCCACGCUGGCUCACUAGAAUACGAUGCACCAGAGAAGUCCCGUCAAGCAGCCAUUUUCGAGGCUGUUCCCACGAUUGUUGACCUGUAUCUUGACCGCCCGGCCGUGGUCCCUGAGAUUGCUGCGGCUGCAGCUGCACUGCUGGUCAACUUUGGCAGUAGUGACGAGGCAUUGUUGGACACUAUUUUUGGGGUGUUCGCGCCGUUAGGCAAGCUUCCAUUUGACCUACCGUCAUCAAUGGAGUCAGUCCGGCAGUCCCGGGAGGAUGUGCCUUAUGACACAAAAGAUCCUUUGUUCCGUUACGGCGAUGGUGGCUCUUAUACCCAUUAG